AUGGACUCAAUAGGGAUGGUUCCCAGUCACAUAACGGACACCGAAACCUCUCCAUUGUUCCGCUCUCAUUCGCUGUGCUCUUCCACGUCUGCAUGGGGGCCAGAUUUUUCGUUCCGUGGGGCGACACACCACCCGGAUCUGGGGCGUGUGUACAGCCAACAAGGUGCCCACAGCAGAAGCCUCGGUUGUGUUGCAGGCGACCGCUGGGCACUCUUAGGCGACGACCGCGAUUUUCCGCGUUUAGGUCUCUUCCCAUCCACGCCUUCGACCCAGUUCUGUUCUCCUCCGGCGAGCAGCGACGAUUUCUGCAAGAGCCUGUUCGGUGGCCAGGCGUGCGGCCUCCAAACAUUGAGAGGUUGUCGGAGUCUCAGCUCGACCUCUCAACCUGCGUUUCGACAAAGACAGCGCGCGCCACGAGCUUUGUCGCCCGCCCUCCCUGGCGGGGCUUCCCGUAGAACACGAGAGGGCCGCGAAAGACAGGCUGCGAGUGUGUUCGAAGAGCUCACGGCCGAUGACGGCAGCGGCAGCGUCGACAGACAGACAGAAAGGCGAGGAAAGCCCCCAGGGUCGGCCGAUCCAGCACGAGGAAAUGCGACGCCCAACAAGUGGCGCGCGCCGGACGCGGUCUCUGAAGCGCGUCGAGACAAGGAGCGAUCGUUCGAGGGUCGAGCUGAGCCGCGUGCUCCGCUCUCCCCUCAGGCCUUCCCCAAGGGCGUCGCUCGCAGACAUGCAUCCCCAGAGUGUCCAUCGCUUGCUCCUGCCUCCUCCCGUCCCUCUCGCGGCGCCGCCCCUCGCACAUCCCAUUCCUCUGCUUCCUCUGCUUCGUCGACUUCCUCUGCUGUCUCUGCCUCAUCGCCUUCGGCUUCUCGCCGCGAUCCUGCGUCGUGUUUCGCCGAGCCACACGAGUUUUGUGGCCUCGUCAAACUCGCGAGGAAAGCGGCGACGGAGGCUGCGUCGCUCGCGCGCCUGUCUGGAGAGACUCGCCGCCAGCGAGAAGCGGACGUGUCUCUCCUGUGGAGACAGCUGGAAAGGCAGGCCCUCGGCGAGGGUCUUCUUCCUCUCGAGUUUCUCGCGCCGGCCGAGCUCUCGCUGCUCCUCAGUUGGUGUGCGCGGGGCGGCUUCUUUUCGCCUCCUCUUUUUCUGAAAGUCGCCGAAAUCGCGGCACCUCAACUUCCGCUCUGGCCGGCCAGAGAUGUCCAAACGCUUCUUCUCGCAGCCGAGCGCUUUGUGGCUGCCUCCGCCGCGCGAGAAGACAAAGGAGCCGACGGAGACGGGAGCUCACGGCGCGGAGGCGGACGGUCGCGCCAAUCGGACGAGCACCGCCACACAAGAGAAACGGAACUUUGCCGUUCCUCGUCUAAUCUUGCCCAUUCCCCUCCAGCUGUUUCUGCUUCUGUGUCUUCUCCGUCCUCUGUGUCUCUGUCGUUGUGUGGAAAAGAGCGAGACGCGCCAGCUUCGGUGCGCGUUGGCCGUCUGUUGUUCACUGCGGGGCUUCAACAUCUGUUGAGUCACCUGCCUGCCUAUCGGCCCCGGCACCUGCGGAACAUGUUUGACGUCGUGAUUGCUCACGAAGCUCUCCUCGCUCACGACGCCUUCGACGCUCUCCGAGGCGUUCCCGUCGCGGGCGCACAGAACGCGGGUCCUGCGGCAACUUCCGGUGUAUAUACACCGGAAGAGAAAACCCAGGGGUCGGCGACGUCGCCGGCGAAGGAGUGCGGGAGAGCGAAGGAAGAGGCAGCGGGGAGGCGAGAGCUGGAAGCGGAAAGAACGGAGACCCUGGCAAGCGCUCGCGGCCAGCGAGACCGGAGAGCAGAGGGCCUUAAGCCGGAACUCGAGGAGCGGCUAGACGCCGGCACAUUCGCCCAGUGGGAGACGCAUCCCACCUGCGUAUCGAGUGCGGGUGUCUCGGGUGAAACUUCCCGGCAGUCUGCUUCCUCCCUUCGGCUGCCGUUCCGCCUUGCAAACGAAGUUGCAGCUCGCGCCCAUCUCCUCUCCCCCGCUACUCUCUGCGAGACGGCGUUCUUCUUCUUCACUCUCGCCUCACGAAGCAAAUCUUCCCUGCCUCUCUCCCACGACGCGUCUUCUCCGUUUCGCGCGUCGCCGUGCUCGUCGCUGUCUUCCCGGUCGUCUUCUGCCCCCCAAGACCUCUCUCAUUCAUCUCCGUAUCCUCCCUCUUUAUCUUCCUCAUCUCCCUAUGUGUCUUCGUCUCCUUUGUCUUCGUCGUCUUUGUCUUCUUCACUUUCCGAUCUCGCUGCGGAAGUUGCCGCGCUCGUAGGUCACCGGCUUCUGCGCCUCUCAGCCUCAGCACCGCGGCCCCUGACAGGCGAGGGGGAGGCCGAAAAGGGGCGAGAGGGCGCCGGUCUCGGAGACGCGCGGACUGUCCUGCUUUCGCCUGCUGCGCUCUUGAGGCUUCCCGCGGAAGACGUCGCGCGACCACGGAGAAAAGGUCGUCUCUCUGCAGAGGCCUUCGCCUUGCCCGCAUCUCUUGAGCCGCACCGCACUGCGUCCGGAAGCGCCGGGGCCGCGCGCAGCCGGCCCGACAGUCUCGCUCGAGAUGGCGAGCUUUGCUCAGAGACCGCCGAGGAGCUUCACCCUAUAGACGGCGAGACGUAUGCGAAGGCUGCACACGUGUUUUGUCGACUCGCGGAUGCCGCGGAGAAGGCGAGUGAGGGUGGCAGGCAGUGGAAAGCGGAAAAGCUCGAUGAGACAAAACAUUUCUGGAGAGGUUUUCUCCGUUCCUGGCUCCUUCCCCACUUGCACGCGGCGCUGGCGGAACACCACAGCCAGGCGCGCCUUCUUCUCCAAACCCAUCAACGGGCGCUCCCGUCUUCUCUCGAUUCUCCCCUCUCAUCUCUCUCGGUAUCGGCGCCAGGCUCCUCGCCCACUGGUCUCUCAGCUUCCGCCUCUUCGCGGCCGCUUCCUUUCUCCCCGACCUACCUCGGGAUGCUUGCCAACGCCCUCACCUUCUGCCCCUUCGCUGCCGCGCUCAACCCGCCUUCCUCAGAUGCUUCCUCGCUCUCGCCCGCUUCGGCGUCGCCCGAUUCGUCUUCGCUUCUCGCCCUGGUCUGGCGCGAGUUGCUGAGCGUCCCGACGCUGCGCGUGGCCUCGCAGGAGUUUCCGCUGCGGCCGCUGGCGCUGACAGCGGCGGCGGCGGCUCGCUGCGGGGCGCUGCGGGAGCAGGAGAGAGUGGGCGUUUUCGAGGAGAUUCUGGACCCCGUGUUGAGGUGCCUUGAACGGGAGGCGGACGCGGAAGGGCCGGCGAGACACGCCGAGAAGCAGGCGAAGAAAGGAAAGAAGGCGAAGAACGUCAGCGCAGCCCCCGGGCUCCCUGAGAAACUGCUGGCAGAUGCGUAUGCGGCGGUAUUUGCGAAUUCCCCUUCUUCUUCGGCCUUCUUUUUAACGAAUCCUGGACUUUCCCGCCUCUUCGAUCUCUUGUGUCGACGCGUGGAAAGCAGACUCGACGACGUGCCUUUGGACAUUCUGGUGUACACCCUCCGGGCCUUCUCCAGUGUCUACGUGGGGCUCGGCUCUCUUCCCCAGUUGCACGCACCUUCCCGUCCCUCCGCCCCUGCCUCUCGUCCGGCGCCGUCUGCCGUUUGGCCGCGGGGCCCUGGAGGCGCAUCGCCUGUGCCUGCCGCGUGGCUCUCUCAGCUCCAGGACGAGCUCGUUGCGCUCUUUCAGCGCGCCUGCAACACCCGCCUCAGAGCGGCCUUCCUCCCUUCGAGCGCGUCUCCACAUCCACUUGCCUUGGGCGCUUCGCGUGCUUCUGCUUACGGCCUGUCGUCGGACUGCGUGAACGCCAUUCUCGCCGCAUGCACGCGUUUCGGGAAAGUCCCCGUCGAUCUCGUCUGCGCAAUCAACAAAGACCUGACGGGGUUCGCCGCGAUUCCGACCGUGCCCCGUCCUUACGCGUCAGGCAGCGCCAACCCAGUGACUCUUUUUCGAGAUGGACACGCGCAGCAGGUCGCGUGGGCUCGACGCGCUGUCCUUCCGGCCCUCGCGCCAGAGCCCGUACCUCUCAGCCACGUCUUAACGGCUCUCUCGGCACUUUCGCGCCUUCCGUUUGGUCGGCGAUUCUCGCCACAGUGGGAUGCCCUCGAACACACGCUCGUUUCGUACCUGGCGCAGCCGUUUCCUUCCUCUGCUUCUCCACCGUCUUCUUCUCCGUCUUCGUCGUGUGGUUCUCAUUUCUCCCUCUAUUUUUCGGCGAGUGUCUCGUCUUCGAUUUCAGGCGCGUCACCCCUUCUCUCUCUUGGGGAUUUUGCGCGAGUGUUCCAAACUUACGCGUUCGCUCUCAGGGAACCCCCCGUCGCGCUCCUGGCGGCGCUCCCUCCCGUGCUGGGUCCGCAGACUGCAAAGUUUCUCGAAGAGCGCGGAGCUGAGCGAGACGCCACGGACGGCGACCAGCUGGCGGGGGCAGACGGGAAAAGAGGCGACGCAAUCGAGGGGAUGAAAGAGGGUUUUUGCAGCGUUCACAGGGAAGCAGCCCGCGACGGAGCGCGACUGACGAGAAACGAACGCAGCGAUGACACGGAAACAGACAGCGCAGACGCAGAGACGCGCGAACCACACGCGAGGGAGGGAAGAGAUGAAAGAGAGGCAAACCCCACACGGCCCCCUGGCGAACCUUGCGCGCCAGAAGAGAGGCAGUGUCGAGGACCGCUAAGACCAGGCGCCAGUGGGGAAACCAGCCCCUCUGGUUCCGCGGAAGACUCCAGCGCUGCGGAUGGCGAGACGACGCUCGAAAUGGUGUGUAUGUACACCCGAAAGACUCUGGCGAGUCUCGUCCGCCUAGACUCGCACACGCGCGGGGUGCCGAGGCCGACCCCCGGAACGCGGGCGUGCGGGGAAGGCGGUGAAGGUGGCGACGGGCACGGCCGACAGCGUGUUUCCGAAACCGAGUACAAGCUGGACGAAGACGCUUUCUGGAAACUGACAGAACACACACUGGAUGCAUUCAUGAGGCUCGUCUCCCUGCCGUUCUCCUCUGGGCACCUACCAGCUUCCGGUGUACGCCGAGCCGGUCUGCAGGGACGCGUGUUGACAGCCUCAGCGUCCAGCGCUUCACGCGUGUCGAGGUUCCGUCCUGUCUCUCCACCCGUGCCUUCUCCCGUUCCGCCCUCUCCUUCAGCUGCUCUGUCUCCGCCUGACGACGCUUGCUCUUCCUUCGCUGCCCCUGCUGUCUCGGCUUUCCAAGCCGACACCCGCCGGCUGGCUUCAGCGCAGUGGAGUCUCGAGCGGGUUCGAAACCUCUGGCUCCCCCACGGAGUCAAUACACUCGCCGACGCCGCCUCCUGCGCGACGCUGGUCCUCUACCCACCUGUCUUCUUCUCGGCGUUGCGCUGGUGGCGAACUCUGUGUGCUCUGGAGAGAGCGGAGCGCGCGUGGGAAGAUGCGCAGCCGAGCCAGCAUCCGACAGACGGCAGCGAGAGCGGGAGGGGAGAUCGUCACGAGGACGUAGAGCUGACAGCGAAGGCGAGCGCGGAGGCGAGAGCGGAGGUGACAGGUCGGGCCGUACUCGAGGGCGACGGAGAACGCGGAAACGAAGCUCGGGGAGAAGGAGAGGGGGGAGGCAAAGGCGCACCGCUGGUGGUGUGUCAGUCGCCCACAAAUGGACAAGCAAGUAGUCCUUCCUCAUCUCCUAAGCAUUCAGAGUUGGCGACGCAUCCCUCUUCUCCCUCUUCUUCGUCUCUCUCAGCAUGUGUCGAGUCUCCGGCGCCCUCGGCUCCUGCUGGUUCCGCGGCUUCCAGCCCUCCGUGGAUCUCCGUUGCGUCCUCGCCUUCCACAUUUCGUUUGCGAGAAGUGGACCAUGUUCGAACCGCGCGUUUCCUCUGUUGCAUUGUCACGGGGAGUUUCGACUUUUUGCUUCCCCUAGAUAGUGCCUUAGAGCAGCCGCGGGCUUCUCGUGCGACCGCUGAUUCUUUUUCUUGUUCCUUGUCUUCUCCGUCUUCUUCCUCUUCGUGUUCCUCUCAGCGCGUCGCGCAGCUGCUGUCGCUGAUGGAGAAGGAGGACGUCCUGCUUCUGGAGUUUCUCCGCGUGGCGGCACAAGCCGUCCGCGAAAGUGAGACUCGGCGGAGGAAGUCCUCAAGCGAAGGCGAGAACGAGCGGUGGACAGACACCCCAGUCACGCGACGAGACGCCUCGAGCUUCUGCGGACGCGGCAAGGGCGAUGCGGCCAACUCAACAUGCGCGUUCUUCGAAGACGGCGACAGCCUGUGUCAAAUGCGUCGAGACCACUAUGCCGACGCACGAGAGCCAGGCACCAGCCUCACAGGAGAAGAGACAGAACGCAAGCCGGUGCCGUCCCUGCACUUCCACGACGAGAAAGAAGAGGCGCGAAACCCCCCUCUGAAGAUGCAGACCAGCAUCGUCGAGACUGUCGAGGAAAUUGCGCUUCUCGGCUGGGAGGCCGAGCGCGACUUCGUGAUUCACCAGGAGGUUCAAAGCAUGCUCUUCACCAUUGACAUUCUCCUCAUUCCCCGAAAGCCGUCGUCCGGAGCGCUUCUCUAG